CGCAGCUUCUUUUUUGUUGAAAGCAAUUUAGUCGAAAUGUCACUUUCCGCCACUGGGGAUUGCCAAUUAUUGGCGCAAAUAUAUAAUUACAAGGGACACCGCGUCGCCUGCAGCGUCAAAGUGCUGCCGACACCUGUGACCCAUUUUGAGCGCGAAGCCACGAAUGACUACCACUGGAUGACCGCUGCCCGCUGGACCAGGAUUGAGGUCGCUUUGUGGCGCAUUUUUGAGAAUCUAGCCGACUGGGCGGACGCCAAGAAGCUGCGUGGCGAGCUGCUGAUCGACCACAUAAACGUACGGUUCCAGGCCACCGAGAAACCGCGUUCUGGGACAAGAAGCAUUUUGGCCGGGGCCGAACUGGCGCCAGAGGACCUCAGCCUCGACAUCCAGCUGCAGUACAUGACAGUCGAGGACACCACAAUUGUGGGCAUGCACACAACUAAGCGCAAAAUUGCCACGGAGGCAGAGACCAACGGCACCGUCAAGAUCAUUAGUCCCAGCAAACCCCCAGGUUCUGGAGCUAAGCCAAUAACUGGUAAACAAGAAAAGCCGUCACACACAAAACCGAAACACAUAGAUGCCGACGAUGAGGAAGAUGAUGACUCGCCAGCGACCUCACGAAGCCAAUCCACCACCAAAUUCAAACGUGGACGCCGAUCCAUUUCCCAGGGUGGCGUCGUGCAAGAAGAAAAUUCCCUAAGCAAUGGAAAAAGAAGCUCCACGAGCACAUCAGAAAGAGCUAGCUCCGUCGAGACCAAGGCCGCUCGUCGCUCCGGUCGAUCUCCAAUUCGUCCGAGUCGUUUUAACAAUUUCGUUUUGAGCGACACACAGCAGAAGAAGAGCAAGUUGGGGAAAACGGGGGGUGUGAAAUCAAAGAAGUCUUCUCCAGUCAAGAAACAGAAAGGAAAGCCGACAACUUUAUCACCAGCCAAGGCAGCGAAGGAGAAAUCUCUGACGCCAACACCAGCCGAGGCACUCAGGGUAGAGCAGAUAGAUGGGGCUCGCUUAGAUGCGCUGCAGCGGCUGGACAGCAUGCUGGCCAUAACCAAGCCGCCUGAAGUUCCGAUUUUGCUCUUGGAAAACAUGAGCGAAGCUGAUGUCCUGUCGUCUUUCGAGCGCUAUAGAAGCGACUUUGAUAAGCUGUUUACGGAGCGAAAGAACAAGUCGCACACACAUAGUUAUAUGCAGGUUAGCCACAUGGACGUCAUGGACAUAUUAAACGCAGGUAUUCGUAAUAAGAUGAUGAAAAAACUGGCGGAAACCUAUAGCAACAAAAGCAGCCACACGUCCCUCAUCAUAAAUGGGCUGCUGCCGCUCUGGAUAGUACUGAUCUUUACAGACACGUACAAGCUAUCGCAUGAAGAUGCCAUACGUCAGAUAAAGGACCAGUUGAGGUGGAGCUCUUACCUGAAGGCUCUGAACAACGAUCCAUUGAGCUCUGACCUGGAAAUGUGAUGUCUUUGGUCGGUAUAUCAACCAAUACUCUCUUUAAUUUAUGCUAAUUGAUACAAAAAAAAAACAGACUUGUUAUAAAUUCAUGUUUGUCUUUAUUCAUUUAAUUAUUUUGGAAUCGAUUCUGUAUUACGCAUUACAUCAUAUAAAUACAUGCAAGCAUUUGCCUUAAAAAACAAA